UUUCCACCUCCCGACCCGGUGGACUCUCCUAAUUGUCAAAUUAGGCGGAGCUAUGUCAUGGACUCUACGCCUGUCCAUUUCCCUACGGUCAGAGGUCAUGUGAAAUGGUAUAGCGCCAGUCGUCAUUAUGGGUUUAUUAGCCGAAAUGACGACGGCGGUGAUCUCUUCGUUCAUCGUUCCGUGAUAUCUGCCUAUUCUAAGCGUUUUCCGUCACUGAGAACUGGCGAAGAAGUUGAGUUUUCAGUUGUCGAGACUAACCAAGGUAUCGAGGCUACUUACGUUACUGGUCCUGGAGGACAACCCGUAAAAGUGAGUUGUUGGGUUUACGAAUGCUUAGGUCUGGCAUAUUGUGGCUCGGAAACGCUCACCACACUUCGAAUUUUGGGCAAAUUUCGAAACACCUCUGUGUUACACUCCACGGUGAAUUGUGACUGCAGUUCAUCUUAUCGUUCAAAUAGUGAUGCUAAAGUUUAA